AUGUCUGCCCCGCGGCGCCGCUCGCGCCGCCUCGCCUCCGCCGCCACCGCCGCUCCCUCGACAGACACGCCGCCGCCCGCCCGCCUGCUCGACCUUCCCAGGGAGCUCCUCGAGCGCGCCCUCUCCCGCUGCGACCCCGCCGACAUCGCUCGCGUCGCGGCCGGCAUCCGCUUGUGGGCGCAAGAGCGCGGCUUCGAGCUGCCGGCGCAGCCAGAGGGCGAGGGCUGCGCCGUGCGGUGGCUGUACUGUUCGGCGCUGCUGCGCGAGUCCAACGCGCCGGCGAGGGUGUCAGCAGGUGAACGGCACAGCGUCUUCAUCGACGGCGAGGGGCGGCUCUCGUCGUGCGGGUCAGCGGCAAGGGAGGGCGAGGAGGAGGAGGAUGACGACGACGAGGAAUUUCCAGGCCUUCUCGGCCACGGCGAGGGCGUGACGCAGCUCAACACGCCGACCCGCCUCCCGUCAAUGCUGGGUGACGAGCGCGCCGUGAGCGUGGCGACUCGAGCAUACCACAGCCUCGCCCUCACCGCCGACGGAUCUGUGUGGAGCUGGGGCGGUGGACUCUUUGGCCAGUUGGGCCACGGCGACGAGCAGGACCAGCUGCUGCCCAAGAAGAUCGAGACCUUUGCUGGCCGGCGCGUCGUCGCUGUGUCGGCUGGGUGGAUGCACAGCCUCGCCAUCACCGCCGACGGCGCCGUCUGGAGCUGGGGCUGGGGAGGCUAUGGCAAGCUGGGCCAGCGCGACCGGCACGCCCAGCUGCUGCCGAUGAAGGUCGAGGCCUUUACUGGCCGGCGCGUCGUCACUGUGUCGGCUGGAGCCCGCCAUAGCCUCGCCACCACGGCCGAUGGCGCCGCUUGGAGCUGGGGCGCAGGGGGCAAUGGCAGGCUGGGCCACGGCGACCGGCAGCGCCAGCUGCUGCCCAAAAAGGUCGAGGCCUUUGCUGGGCGGCGCGUCGUCGCUGUUGCGGCUGGAGGCAUCCACAGCCUCGCCAUCACCGCCGACGGCGCC